CACUUCACUGAACUUCACUCCACUCAACAAUGUCUCCAAGCAAAGCUUUCAUCUUCUUAGCUCUCUUAUCCUUUUCACCACAACUCUUCCUAACAAUCUCUUCUGCAGUAGAAGACAAUGGCCUUCUCAUGAACUACUACAAAGAAUCAUGUCCACAAGCUGAAGAAGUCAUCAAAGAACAAGUCAAACUCCUCUACAAACGCCACAAGAACACCGCUUUCUCAUGGCUCAGAAACAUCUUCCAUGACUGUGCUGUUCAGAGUUGUGAUGCUUCUUUGUUGCUGACAUCCACAAGAAGAAGCUUGUCUGAGCAAGAACAUGACAGAAGCUUUGGUUUGAGGAACUUUAGGUACAUUGAUACCAUCAAAGAAGCUGUUGAGAGAGAGUGUCCUGGUGUUGUUUCUUGUUCUGAUAUCCUUGUUCUUUCAGCAAGAGAUGGAAUUGUUUCGCUAGGAGGUCCUUAUAUUCCACUGAAAACUGGAAGAAGAGAUGGAAGAAAGAGUAGAGUGGAUCUGUUGGAGGCCUAUCUUCCUGACCACAAUGAAUCCAUUUCUUCUGUCCUUGACAAGUUUGGUGCCAUGGGAAUUGACACUCCUGGAGUUGUUUCUUUGCUUGGAGCACACAGUGUUGGAAGAACUCAUUGCACAAAAUUAGUGCACCGUUUGUAUCCAGAAGUUGAUCCAGCUUUGAAUCCAGAUCACAUCCCACACAUGCUAAAGAAGUGUCCGGAUUCAAUCCCUGACCCUAAGGCAGUACAAUACGUGAGAAAUGACCGUGGUACCCCCAUGAUUCUUGACAACAAUUACUAUAGAAAUAUUCUUGACAACAAGGGUCUUUUGCUAGUAGAUCAUCAGCUAGCACAUGACAAAAGAACAAAACCUUUUGUGAAGAAAAUGGCCAAAAGUCAAGAGUAUUUCUUCAAGGAGUUUUCUAAAGCUAUUACAUUGCUUUCUGAGAAUAAUCCUCUAACUGGUACUAAAGGUGAGAUUAGAAAAGAGUGCAGUGUUGCUAACAAACAACACCAUGAUGAGCCUUGAAAUGGAAAUUUCAUGGUGGAAGAAGAAGAUGAAGUGAUGUGUAAGAUAUUAUGGAGAAAUAAAAUGUUCAUGGAGAUUGAAGAACUUAGAUGCUUUUAAUUUUUAAUUAUGUACCUUUGUUUUUUAAUUAUUUAAUAUUAGUAUUAUGGUAGCUCAAUGUUGAGCAUGUUGAUGAUGUGAUGUAUGGUAUUUUAUGUGGUCCAUGGAUGGCAUGUAGUGACAAUGUUUAUGAUAUUAGUGCUCA